AUGCGAGAGUGGAACUCGAUGGGCAUGCAGCGACACAAUGAGCAACACGGUGGUGGCACAAUGGACACACAGCGCCACGAGGAGUUGAGUGAUAGUGAGAGAGCGCAAUUUCUUGACGUGGUGAGGGCAAGUUGGCAAGGUCAUAGGAGCUUGCAACUUGUGGACAAGAACAAGAACUAUUUUAAGAAGGUUGAUGUCUUCAGAAGUGGAAAAAGAGUCAAAUUUAAGGAGGACAUCCAAGGGUGCAGGAGAGAGAUGGAGAAUGUUUGUAUUCGAGAUGACCGAGAUACAGGGGUUAGAUAUAUCAAGCUCCAAAAGAUAAUGGAAACCUUCAUGAUCCAAGGGGACAUUUUUUGGCUUCAAAAGGCCAAGAUGUUUUGGUAUCGUGAGAGGGACAAGAAUACUAGUUACUUUCAUGCUACCGUGUUAGUAAGGAAAAUGAGGAAUAGAGUCAAAUGUCUAUUGUGUGAAGAUGGAGUAUAG